CUGGCUGCGAGAGAGGAGCCUCCCUUCCCGUUCGCCCGUGAGCCAGCCGCGCGACCCCUUCGACUGGACACUACGCCGCUAUCCAGUUCCACCACGGCCGAGAUACUCCGGGAAAGUGUCGGUUAAAGUGCUCGUUCACGUGACUCUGCCCACCGGCUACACGGCUUCCUACGGAAAAUGGCAUCUGGAGUGACAGUCGCGGAUGUUUGCAAGACAACGUACGAGGAGAUAAAAAAAGACAAAAAGCAUCGAUAUGUGAUCUUCUACAUCAAAGAUGAAAGGCAGAUAGACGUCGAAGUCAUCGGACCUCGUGACGCGGCUUACGAUGCCUUCCUCGAGGAUUUGCAGAAGGGCGGUAGCGGGGAGUGUCGUUAUGGGCUGUUUGAUUUCGAGUAUACUCAUCAGUGUCAGGGUACUUCUGAGGCAUCUAAGAAACAGAAAUUAUUCCUGAUGUCGUGGUGUCCCGACACGGCUAAGGUGAAGAAGAAGAUGUUGUACUCGAGUUCCUUCGAUGCUUUGAAAAAAUCGCUGGUCGGUGUACAAAAGUACAUACAGGCGACGGAUUUGUCGGAGGCCUCCGAGGAGGCUGUCGAGGAGAAGCUUCGAGCCACUGACAGGAAUUAGGAGUAUUCCAGUGAAUCCCAAAACUACUAUUACGAGAUAAGAAAAUAAAAAUCCAAUGGAAUACAGUACAUCGCGAAUUAACUUCCCAGAAACAAAAAAAAGUAAUGCUCUAUACUGUCGUUGCAUCGAGGGUUCACAUUUUUACACAUUUUUCACUUUUAAAUGAGACCGAUUAUCGAAUAUUUUGCGCUACGUAUGUUAGUCAUCAAGGGAGCGUAAGCAUCAUUAGCAAAAAGUAAAUG